GUCAAGGUGAUGUAGAAGUAGUGGCAGCAGUAGCAGCGGGCAGCAGUCAACUUUUGGCCAAAUAAACCGGUUGGUUGUCUUGUGUCAUUUUUCUUUCCCUCCAACUACAUGCCGAUCUACCUUUUUGAUUUCUUUUCUUGUUCCAGCACCAUUAAAAGAUAGACAGAUACUACACUAUAAUACCCCCAAGCUUGCGUGCCCUGUCUCUCACUCAGCAUGAGUUCUGAUCCCUUGUAUCUCGGGUUCGACCUGUCGACCCAACAGCUCAAAGCCAUUGUUGUGCAGUCCGACUUGACCGUCGUCUCCGAGGCCAAGGUCGACUUCGAUGCCGAUUUCGGCAAGCAGUAUGGCCUGCACAAGGGCGUCUUGACCAACGAGGCCGAGGGCGAAGUCUACGCCCCCGUCGCCAUGUUCCUCGAGGCCAUCGACCUCGUCCUUGACCGCCUCAAGGCCAAGACGCCGCUGGACCGCAUCAGGGGCAUCAGCGGCUCGUGCCAGCAGCACGGCAGCACCUACUGGGCCAAGGAUGCCGAGACGCUGCUGGGCGGACUGCGGGCGGACAAGCCGCUUGUCGACCAGCUCAAGCAGGCCUUCUCGCACCCCUACGCUCCCAACUGGCAGGACCACAGCACGCAGGCGCAGUGCGACGAGUUCGACGCCCACUUUGAGACGGCCCAGCGCCUGGCCGAGGUCACCGGCAGCGCCGCCCAUCACCGCUUCACCGGCACGCAGAUCAUGCGCCUCCGCCAGAAGCUCCCCGAGAUGUACGCCGCCACCUCCCGCAUCUCCCUCGUCUCGUCCUUCCUCGGCUCCGUGCUCCUCGGCUCCGUCGCCCCCAUCGACAUCAGCGACGUCUGCGGCAUGAACCUCUGGGACAUUCCCGCCGGCACCUGGAGUGAGCCCCUCCUCGAGCUCACCGCCGGCGACAAGUCCAAGGUGGCCGACCUACGAGCCAAGCUGGGCGAGCCGCGCCACGACGGCGGCGGCUCCAUGGGCCCCAUCUCCCGGUACUUUGUCGAGCGCUACGGCUUCAGUGAGGACUGCCAGAUUGCACCCUUCACCGGCGACAACCCGGCUACGAUCCUCGCGCUGCCAUUGCGUCCCAUGGAUGCCAUCGUCUCGCUCGGCACCUCGUCGACCUUCCUCAUGGUCACCCCCGUCUACAAGCCCGAUGCCGCCUACCACUUCUUCAACCACCCCUGCACCCCGGGGCAGUACAUGUUCAUGUUGUGCUACAAGAACGGCGGCCUCGCGCGCGAGCGCGUCCGCGACGCCCUCCCCAAGCCCGAGGCGGGCGGCGACCCGUGGGCCAACUUCAACAAGGCCGUCCUCGACACCCCGCCGCUCGACGUGCGCUCCGAGUCCGACAAGGCGAAGCUGGGCCUCUACUUUGACCUGCCUGAGAUCGUGCCCAACAUCAAGGCCGGCACGUGGCGGUACACGGCGAACCAGGACGGUAGCGACCUCGCCGAGGCGCCCAAGGCAGCGGCGGCGUGGGACGCGAAGACGGACGCGCGCGUCAUUGUCGAGUCACAGGCCCUCUCGAUGCGCCUGCGCAGCCAGAACCUCGUGCACAGCCCCCGCGACGGGUUGCCCGCGCAGCCGCGCCGGAUCUACCUCGUGGGCGGCGGGUCGCUCAACCCGGCGAUCGCGCGGGUCAUGGGCGAUGUGCUGGGCGGCGUCGACGGGGUGUACAAGCUCGACGUUGGCGGCAACGCGUGCGCGCUGGGCGGCGCGUACAAGGCCGUGUGGGCGCUCGAGCGGGCCGAGGGCGAGAGCUUCGACGAGCUUAUCGGGAAGCGGUGGAAGGAGGAGGGGGCGAUCCAGAAGGUCGACGACGGGUUCAAGGACGGCGUGUUCCAGAAGUAUCAGCCCAUCGUCGGGGCGUUUGAGGAGAUGGAGAAGACGAUCUUGAAGGUUGCCCACAACUGAGUGAGGGAACGCAAGGCUGGAAACUGAACGAUGCCAGGUGGUGUCUAUGGAAGCUGCUUGGUAUUGGUGCAUAUCGAGGGGCGAUAGACAUGGAUUAGUGAGGUCAUUCCGAUUUUUAGCCAGCCAUGUCGCAUCAAAUUCAUCACUAAAGCAAGCACCAUCACAUUUAGAAUCAUCACUAGAACCGUCAAGUAUGAAUAAUGCGUGUCCU